GUUGUAUAAUUUUUUGGUCAAUAACUAAAAAGUGCUAUUGAUUGAAAUUGCCCUUUGAUAUAUAACUUUAGCUCUUCUUCCAGUCACACUUCAUCUCUCCUCAGACCUCCAUUCCUAUCAAGAUUAACAUCUGAAAAUGGAGAUCACAAACGUUACUGAGUAUCAAGCGAUAGCAAAGGAGAAGUUGCCUAAGAUGGUAUACGACUACUAUGCUUCUGGUGCAGAGGACCAAUGGACUCUUCAAGAGAACAGAAACGCAUUUGCUAGGAUCCUCUUUCGGCCUCGGAUUCUGAUUGAUGUGAACAAGAUUAAUAUGACAACGACUAUCUUGGGGUUCAAGAUAUCGAUGCCUAUCAUGGUUGCUCCUAUUGCUAUGCAAAAGAUGGCUCACCCAGAAGGGGAAUGUGCUACGGCUAGAGCUGCAUCCGCUGCUGGUACCAUCAUGACACUAUCUUCAUGGUCUACUUCGAGCAUUGAAGAAGUUGCUGCCACAGGGCCAGGGAUCCGGUUUUUCCAGAUCCGGUUUUUCAAGUUACAUGUAUACAAGAACAGGAAAGUGGUUGAGCAGCUGGUGAGAAGAGCUGAGAGGGCAGGGUUCAAAGCCAUUGUUCUCACUGCAGACGCCCCAAGUUUAGGUCGCAGAGAGUCUGAUAUCAAGAACAGGUUUACUUUGCCUUCAAACCUGACACGUAAAAACAUCGAAGGUCUUGAUCUUGGAAAGAUGUACGAGGACAAUGACUCUGGCUUGGACCGUACCUUGACCUGGAAGGACGUCCAGUGGCUCCAGACAAUCACCAACAUGCCGAUUCUAAUCAAGGGUGUUCUCACAGGAGAAGAUGCAAGGAUAGCGGUUCAAGCUGGAGCAGCGGGGAUCAUUGUAUCAAACCAUGGAGGUCGCCAGCUUGACUAUGUUCCAGCAACCAUCUCAGUCCUUGAAGAGGUUGUUAAAGCGACACAAGGACGAGUUCCUGUCUUUUUAGACAGUGGUGUUCGACGUGGCACUGAUGUUUUCAAGGCACUUGCACUUGGAGCUUCUGGGAUAUUUAUUGGAAGACCAGUUGUAUUCUCACUUGCUGCUGAAGGAGAAGCUGGAGUCAGAAAAGUUCUUCAGAUGUUACGUGAUGAGUUUGAGCUAACCAUGGCGCUAAGUGGUUGCAGGUCUCUCAGUGAAAUCACUCGCAACCACAUUGUCACCGAGUGGGACACUCCACGCCAUUUGCCUAAGUUAUAGAGGCCAAAAUAAACAAAACAAAAAACCAGAGAACAGCAACAACAUAGAGCCAUUGAUAUUCUUCUGAUAAGCCACUUUGGCGUCUACUCUGCUGUUUUUCUCAAACCCUAUACUUAUAUGCUAUUUGGCUACUUCUCUACCUUCA